AUGAAGCUAUUCGCGAUAUUACGCUUGUUCACUCUCAUUUUACCGUGUCUAUUCCCGCAAGUCGGCGCUAGUUCACCGACCACUGCUCAACGGCUAGAGGACGCGUCGCAAUGUGCCAUUGAAUGUUUCUCGCAAUUCGUUGAUAAGCCGACAUUCUCGACUACCAACAAGGAGCGAAUAUGCGACGACCAUAAACUCAGCAAUACGGUAGCCAGCUGUAUCCACACAGCAUGCCCGAUACGAGACUUAUUCGACUUUCUCAAGCUUGAGCAGACAAACUGCGGCAGACCGGAGCUCGACAACGACCACAAUAUUAGGGGGAUCAACUACACGAUCCUUGGGAUAGCGGUGUUUUCUAUCGUCCUUCGAACUGUCACGAAAUCAUAUCACUUUUCACGAUGGGGUGCUGACGAUUACCUCAUCAUCGCGGCUUCGGUCUUUACUGGAGUUCAAUGCAUCAUCAUGGGCCUAAUGACAUUUGCAGGCUUGGGCCGGAAUAUCUGGACACUGAACGACAGUACCAUUACCACGUUUCACAUCUACCUCCUCGUCGUUCAAUACGCCUACGUCCUAAGUCUCUGCCUCAUCAAACUCUCAAUACUGUACUUCUUUCUCCGAACAUUCCCAGACCCAAAAUUCAGAUUGAUCAUCAAGUGUACCAUCGCCUUCAACAUCGUCACGACAAUCAUCGUCACCAUAUGCGGCGCACUGCAGCGGCAGCCAAUUCACUUGCUCUGGGAUGGAUGGAAAGAGUAUCCGCCUCGCGGGAUCACACUCAAUAUUCCGGCAAUCAUCUUCUUUCACGCUGGUGUCAACAUUGCUCUUGAUAUCUGGAUGUUUGCGUUACCGUUGACGCAGUUGUAUUCUUUGGGGCUUCAGCCGAAGAAGAAGGCCGGCGUUAUGGUAAUUUUUGGUGUUGGUAUUUUCCUCAUUGCAGCCAGCUGUAUCCGAAUCCCUUAUCUACUCGAUUUCACAAGAACAUUGAAUACAUCAUCCGACGCACAAGGAUUCGUCGUAUGGUCCAAUAUCGAAAGUGGCGUAGGUAUCUUGGUAGCCUGUAUGCCUCACAUGCAACCAAUCUUCCGCGCUAUCGCAGCACGAGGACGGUCAUGGAACAUUCUACCCAAAAGCUCGAGCAGUAGCACAGAGGGAAUUUUUGUUCAAAGAUCUCUGGCGACUAUUAAGAUGUCGCGGACUGAUGGAACUACUUUGAUUGAACCGGAUGACUUGGUGCUGCAUGAUACCGGGGGGUUGUUGAGCGAUCCUGGUUCGGCGAAGGUUGAUAGUAAGUUUGGGAGUGUGAGCGAGACAGGGACAUCCAGAUGA